AUGGCGACCGAGGAAGCCAUCGCAGCUGGUCUCAUCGACUGGGUCAACAGUUUAGCCGUCGCAGAGCCUGUCUCUACGGCAGACGACCUGAGUAAUGGGGAUGUAAUUUGGAAGGUCCUCCAACAGAUCGACCGCUUCAGCUUCCCUGGUAAACUCCCAGAAGAUCCGGACACAGAUCAAUGGAUACACAAAUGGACCAAUUUGAAGCACAUUCACGAUGCCCUUUCCAUAUUCCUCACGGAAGAAUGCGGCCAAAGAGUGCCCUUUGCGAACAGUCGACCCGACCUCAAAGCUAUCGCUCAAUCUUCGACCCUCACCGACACGAUCGCGCUCCUCAAACUCCUCGUCGUGGCGGCCAUCAAUUGCGCCGACCGUAUCGAAUACUUGAAGCAGAUGCAGGAGCUCCCAGAGUCGACCCAGGAAGUGAUUAUGCAGACCGUGCAAGAGGCGGGCCAGGAUGAGAGCGCAGCGGACGAAGCAGAGCUGCAAGAUGCCGAUAUACUGGCGGCUCAGGAUGAUAUGCCCACUUCACCACGGCGGUCUGGGGAGAUGGAAACUGUGCUGGAGUCGGAGGAAAGACUGGGCAAGGUAAUUGCCGACAAUCAAAGAAUAGCACACGAGAAAAGAGAGUUACAGAAGCAGUUGGAUGAACAUCAUGCACGUUAUGAGAAAUUGCAAGAACGCUUCGAUCAAGUCCAGGACGAACUGAAAGAGACUGGUGAACGUCUAACAGCGGUUCUCGCGGGCCGCUCUGGUGUCUCAACCCAGCCACUGGAUUCGAAGCACGAUAUCAUCAUCUCUACACUCGAAAAUCGAGUGCUCGAAGCCGAAGCCGAAGUUGAAGAGUUGCGCAAGUCCAAUGAGGUGCUAAAGAUCAAGGCCGAAAAAGCACAGAAGUUACAAGAUGACUACGACGAGAUGAAGAUUGAAAGGGACAGGCUAGCACGGAAAGCCAACACAGCCGAAAAGUAUCGACAAAAGCUUGAGGCCAGCCAAGAUCUCGAAAAGGACAACACAAGUCUCCGAGCCAAAGUGGCAGAAAUGCAGAAUCAGCUUAAGCAGUCAGAUUCUGCUCGUGCAAGUUCGGGCGAUUUACAGAGGGAGAUUGAUGAGUACAGGCGACUCUUGCCGAGCAUCGAGCAGGAGAGGUAUGAAUUGAAUGAGAUGAAGAAGCGUCUGGAGUUUGACUAUCACACACUUGAGGCACGCUACCAGGAUACCGUGGAACAACUAUCUCGGCAGCAAAAGGAGGUCGAGGAUUUGCAAAGUCGUCUCCAAGAUUAUGAGGAUGGCACCACGCCAGCCACGAAGGAAAAGUCCUUCAGUCCAGUCAACGAUGACCUGGAAAGGGAAGAAGCAGAGUUCGGGAUAUCCGAAGCACGACUUGCUGCCGCCCUCCUGAAUGGCGAUGUGUCUCCUGCCACACCAAAGGAUACAGACCUUACACUCCCUACGGAAACGACCUCCGCGUCCGGGCUCGGCAUCGAGCUUGUCAGUGAAAGUGAAGGGAUUUCGGAAGACGAACUCAAGGCAAUCAUGUCAGCAAUGCGCGCUCAAGCACAAGCCGGCACAUCAUCCGAAAGAGAGUCAGCGCUACGUGCACAGAAGAAAUUGAUUGUGUCAAUUGAGCGACAGAGAAACAAAAACAAAGUCCUGCUCGACCAUGUACAGAAGCAGGAUCAGAUAAUCAUAGACAUGCAGAAGAAGUACCAAGGAGAGCAAGAAGUUCAGAGGCAGAAGGAAGACGCUCCGCCCACGCCACCACCGAAGGACGAUGUUGCGUCGACGACCAAGCCACAGUCCGAAUUGGCCGACGAAGAAUCCGAACUUGAGCGCCUACAAAAUCAUAACACAAUCCUGCAGCGAGAGCUUAAACUUAUGGCUUCAGCCUGGCAUGAGCAGAACCUUCGCCUUGCCAGCAUGAGCUCUGCUGCGUCAGGACGAAAUCGAGGGUUUGGUGGUGGCAGCGAGCCCCGAGGCUUCUUGGGUCGACAGCGACGGAAAGUCGAUGCUGUUGCUUUCGGACGAUAG